CACAACCAUACAGACGCCUCAAGAUCCCGCAAAGCAGCGCCCCCAAGGUCUGAGAUAGCCUCCUCUGCGAUCUGUCAUGGUCUAUCACGACCUCAACGUCAGUCUCCCUGCGUCCCUCUUUGCUAAUCCCUCGGGGUCCUCCUCAUCCUCUGCUGGCCCAUCGCAAGCUGCUGGGCCAAACGGGGGCGGAAAGAAGAACAAGAAGAACAAGCAGGCCAACCAACAGCAGCAGCAGCAGAAGCAGGCAGGAGGAGCAGCAGCAGUGGGCAGCAGUAGUGGUAGUACGACCGGAGAUGAUCCCUUGAAUAGGCUCAGCAAGGCUCAAAGAGAUGAGCUGGAAGCAAGGGUGAAGGACUUGAGAGACUUGGGAUACUCGACCAUCGCCUUCAACCACAUCGUCGAGUCCAAGUUCGACCACAAUCUUCACAAGAACCCCUUCCACUCUCCUCCCUCCACCACCUCUUCUCCCCUCUCACCCAACCAAGUCAUGCCCCCAGUCUCCUCUCCCAUCUUCCCCUCUCUAGCAAAAGGGAAAAAUCCCAUACGGCAACUACACCGUCUGACUUUUGUCCUGGACGCUGCCUCCGAGUCCAAAUCAGGCAACGGACUGGUGCCUCUCUCCACGCCCGCUCUGCUCUCCUACGAUCUACUAGCCGUGAAACCACUCACGGCAAAUGCGUUCAACGCUGCCUGUCUCACACAUACCGAGCUCAAGCCAGGUGUGAGCUUCGAUAUCAUCUCCCUCGACCUAAGUAGUACACCUCGUCUGCCCUUCUUCCUCAAGAGGAGUACGGUAGGAAAAGCAAUUGAGAAUGGAGCCGUCUUCGAGGUGUGCUACUCUGAUGCUCUCCCCUUUGGGAACCAACCUCCCCUCCCAUCCGUCGCGUCCGGAGGACACCAAUUGAAAGCAGAAGAUCGUCUCCGCAAUCUAAUAAGCAAUACUCGCGACUUACUCCGCGUAACCAAUGGUGGUCGCGGGCUACUACUCUCCUCUGGUGCAUCCUCUGUUCUGGGACUUAGAGGACCGGGGGAUAUCCUCAAUCUCGCCAAGCUCUUUGGAUUCAGUCAGGGGCUGGCACGCGAUGCUCUCACUGAGACAUGUAGAGCUUUAUUGCUAAGAGCGGAGACGAGACGGAGCUUUAGAGGGGUGGUGGGGUGGCCCAGGGUUGUGGAUCCGGUUGGGGAGCCGGAGAAGGCGAUGGGGACGGCGACGACGGCAGCGGUAGCGGUAGCGGUACCGGCAGGGAACGCGGACGCGGGUGCAAGUGUAGCAACGAUCAGAACCGCGAGGGAUCCAGACCCAGAAGAGGACAUGGGCUUUGUGAGUCCGGGGGAGAAGAAGCGCAAGUUGGAAGACCAGAAGGGCAAGAAUGGCAAAAAGCAACGGCAGAAGUGAGCGAACGAGGAGGGUCACAAGGGAACAGGCAGUGCACUUGUGCUUAGUCGUGUCAUUUCGUCGAUAUACCCCCGCUACUACUGCGCAUUUUCUUGACAAUGGUAACAGUACUAUAUGCAGCCUCCCUGUUGCACACCUACAUCCAGUCGCCCCCAUCUUCAUCGUCGCUCAAAUCGCCAUCAGCAAUCUCCGUCGCCAGCUCCCUCUGCCUCUCUCUAGCCUUCUCAGCAUUAGCCAAUUCAUCUCCUUUACCGCCAUUGAGCGGAUACCUCAUAGCUUUGACGCUCUCAUUCCUCAAGCCCAGACACCACUCGAUUCUCCCUUCGAACAUCUUCCUGGGCUCCUCGGUGCUGUACACGUCACGACGCUCCUGACUGAUCAUCCAU